CUUACCUGUUCGUCCCGUUGGGCACCGCAGUCAAAGACGGAUUUCCAUCUCGGUCGGUUUGUAGCGGCGCCUGUCGGGUUUGUACCACCGACCCCAACGACGCGUGACGUCAGGAUCGCUUGCUCGGGCUGAAAGGUACGCCACCGGACGGUGAAAGUGUGAGUCUCAUCCCGUACGGCGGCAAAUCAGAAAUCGAACCACCAAACGAACAGUUUCUUUUCGGUUGGUGUGCGAAAAAACAUAUUGAAGCGGACAGCUUCACAGUGCUUCCCAGUGUUUCACAGGAGCGUGCAGGGUGGGAAAAAACAAAACAAAAAAAAAACACGCUUGUACGAAUUAUCGAACCGUUGUGCAAUUGUUCCGCCGCUUAUCGAUGGGUAAGAUACGACUGACGUGGUGCUUGUGGGUGUUUUUGUGUGUGCUUGUGCGCUGAGAAAAAGGGAGUGAGAAAAAAACAGCACAAGAAAGCCGAACUCCCAUUUCCCAGCAGCGACUGGCCAAAGUGCCAAACAUCAGCACCUGGGCUGCGGGAAAAUCCUACGUCCGGUUCCGGUUUCGGUUGCUCGGCGGCCUCGGACCAGAGUGCCCGGAGUGGUCUCUGGCGUUGCUACACUUCGCCGCAUUCUAGCAAGAAGCGUUCCCUGUGGAGAAGCGUCGCUGCGCAACACCAAAUAAAGUAAAGCUGAACAAGAAAAAAAAAACAAAACAGCAACACAUUCACACACACCAAAGCGAUCCUUCUCAUCACAGCGCGACGGGAACGCCUCACACAGUCGAAGUCGGCGAAAACCGCAAGUGGUUGCGUCGUUUUCGGAGCACGUGAGCAUACCUACGGGCGUCGGGCCCCUCUAGGGGUGCCAGCGUGGUGUUGCCCACCAACCGGGUGCGUCUGUCCGUGAAUGUGUAUUGCGCCCUGGCCCGGUCAGAACUACGACACGGCGUCACGGAGCAACGGUGCGAUCGGACCGGCGGCCGGGAAAUGUGGCUCCCAGUGGUAAUGGAUUUACGACUCCCCAUACUCUGUUUGCUGAUAGUGGCAGAAGUAUCGGUGGGUUUGCGAAAUGUACGCGUCACGGUACCGACGGCCGUGCGAAAGGGCGACUCGGCCCACCUGUUCUGCGACUACGAGCUGGAGGACAAGGAGCGGCUCUACUCGAUCAAGUGGUACAAGGGCAAGCGCGAGUUCUACCGCUACACGCCGCAGGAAAAACCCUCCAUGAAGGUGUUCAGCGCCGUCGACGUGGAGCGAUCGUUAUCGAACGAGAGCAAUGUGGUUAUAAAGGCGCUCGAAACGAAUGUUUCGGGAAAGUACAGCUGCGAGGUGUCGGCCGAUGCGCCCUCCUUCCACACCAUGAUAGUUUCGGGUGACAUGGAGGUCAUAGAACCCCCGCCGGAAAAACCAUCAAUAACGGGCCUGCAGAGCCGGUACCGGCCGGGCGACAUCCUGCGGGGCAACUGCACCUCGAUUAAUUCUAAACCGCCGGCAAAUCUGACGUGGACGAUUAAUGACGUACCGAUCAUCCCACAGUACUACAAGCAGUACCGACCGAUCAAGGAUACGCACACGGGGCUGGAGACCUCCAUCCUGGGCAUCAAUAUUCUCGUUGCCCACGCGCACUUCAUCAAGGGCAAGCUCAAGCUCAAAUGCCAAGCGACAAUACACCGGAUCUAUGACGAGAGCAGCGAAUGGUACGUGGAGGAAGACCGGCCGAGGAUACUGGCGACCGGCUCGUCCAGCGGCCACAAUCUCAACCAAAUCUAUCAGCACACCGUGUACGAUGGUGAUCAGCCCGAUCAGAGCGACAUGUACUUAACGGUGAACGGAUACAAAGCGGACAAAUCACCUACAUCGUCCUCCUCCGCCACGAAGCAGGUCGGAGCGUACGUGAAGGUGGGCUGGAUUGCGUUCUACGUCUGUACGAUCUGCACCGUGCUGCUGUACUCGCUGCGCGUCGGCAUCUCCUGACUGUACAACCUGAAGGAAGUGAUUAAGAUAUAAGCUGGCACGCGCGUGUGCAAAGUUGAAAACAGCUCAGAAAUGGCAUAGAAAAGCACGCAACAGUCUCAUUAUUGCGAUAGCGUACUAAAAACAACUCCUCGGAAGGUAGAGGCUGCAACGCAAACGAACGAAUAAUGCCUUGACGGAUGAAAGAUUUCAACAAUGGAAGCGUGCACACUGCACACAGUUGGACAGCCUGUAAGGUGAAGCUUGCAGAACAGUGACGCCGAAAAAUGCCGCUUUUUAGAUGUACAAUGUAGUAGUAAUGUGUUACAGCUGUUAAUUAGAUUGUUUUAAAACUUUGUGUUGUGUUUUGUUUUGCAAGUGUUUCGUACGGUUUUUGUUCGGAGGUAGUUGAGAGUGGGCAAAGGAAGUAAACAAUCCCUGUAAAUAAGAUAGAACAUAAGUAGUUCAAUUGAUAAGUGUACACCAUAGUGGUAAGGUAAGAUAGGUGGCCAUUUUUAAGACGAACAAGUAAGCAAACCAUUUGCUGUAACAAUAGACGUAACACGUGCAUGAGACAACUAUUUUGUGAGGGAAAACGAAAUAGAAUAACAAAAACUUGAAAUCAAAAAGGGAAAACACUGAAAGAAUCGUAAACCGUAAAACAUAAACUGUAAAUACAUCUAAAAAAACUCAAUCAAAACUGCAUUUUGGAGAUGAGGAUGCCUGGAAAUAGGCACAAAGUAAAUAAAGCAAACUAAGCGGCAGCACGGUUUCGAUCGUGCAGAUUUUGUAUUGGUAAAUGUGCGAACACACAAAAACAAUCUGAAGCGUUGCGGUGGGAUGCCGCCAGGAUGCCAAUUUAAAACAAUAAAAUUCGUAUGUUAAAAAUAGGUUGUAAUGGGUUGCUGAUGUUUGUUUUUUUGUGUGUAUUGACUAUCGUUGCUCUUGAAGGUAAGGGAUGGAAAAGAGCUGUGAUGGAUUUUUGUAUGGUCCAUGGUUGGUUAACAUUGGUUAUUGAUUUUGAAAAUGGCUGUUUUUGUGUUGUGUUAAGCUUUACGUUGAAAACAAACAGAGUUUUGUAUUUGUGUUUAUUUUGGUUAUGUGAUUUGGAUAUGCAGGUGUACUGAAAAUCUGUAUUGUUUCUAUACACAUUAUUUGGUAAAAUGUCUGCCAUAUUUAUCUUUUUCGUUUACCGUAACGUUUUGACAAUUUCAUGGUUAUUCUAAGUAAUAAUGAUAUAUUCU